AUGUUCGACUACGAGAGUCCGUCCCACCCGUUUUUGAUCCUCGCUCAGCGAUUAAGCCGGACCGAUGGGAAGCGUGUCGUCAUAAUCGACAACGCCUGCAACAUCCAAAACUACUGCAUGCAACGAGAGCCCUGGAUCUUUCGAAACAUUUGGUUCCUCGUGGAUCGACUGGACUAUGCAAACCACAUCAACUGCUCCAGCUGCGGGUACAUGAGGAGAGACAACUUCAUGCUGUUCAUUCAACACUACAUGGCAACGUUAAAUCACCGUCGAGUCAACACGAUUCAAGUGGAAUGUCAAGUUCGAAGCAGCUUUAAGUCAGCCCAAUGGCAAGAACUCAACGCGAUGCUGUCGGAGAUGCAAGGCGCCAUUCAACCACCCGCGACACAGCGACCGUGA